AUGUUGAAAAGUAAUCAAAUGAUGGAAGUAGAGUUUAAACAUUCGGAUUUUAUCUCGACUCAUACAACUUCGAGCUCAAUAGAUGAUUCCGAAUUGGGUCAAAGACUUGAAUUAUAUGGAAUUUGUAAAGAAUGUCAACAUCCGAAACUUAAUGAAGAAUGGUGUUCAAAGUGUAACAAUGAAAGGUUCGAAGCAAGGUUCGAAACGUGGACGAGUGAUAAUAAAGAUAUCGAUAAAUUUAUUUCCACGAUUCAAUUAACCGCUACCAAUUAUUCUCAAAUAUUGGAAUGGAUUCCAUGGAAACGUUUAAUGGAAGUCAAACAUAUUGGCAUUGGCAGGUUUGGUUCCGCCUAUUCCGUUACCUGGUUAGAUGGUUACAUCACUUAUUGGGAUCGCGUAAAGCAAGAAUGGGGAAGGAGUGAAGCCGGAAAAAAAUUUUAUGUUAAAGUCCUUCAAGGUUUAUCGACCGACUUUGCGAAUUUUGUUAAUGAGUUGCUUUCACAUCAAAAUGGGAAAAAUGGUUUGAUUCGAUGUUACGGAAUAACUCAAGAUCCGGUCACAAAGGAAUACGCGCUGGUUAUUCGCUGUAUUGAACGAGACCUGAAGAGUUAUUUAUACAGUUCGCUACCUUAUCCCGAAUAUGAUUGGAAAACAAAGUUGGAGAUUCUUGCCGAUAUCGCUUUUGUUAUCAAUCGUAUACAUGACGCGGCUGAAGAAGUUUAUAUAUGGGUACAAUGGUGGUUGGAUUUAUGUAAUGAUACCACGUCUGAUAUUGCGGCAGAAUUUAACAUUGACGGCGAGAGAAGGCAUAAAGAUGGAAAUUUUUUUACACAUCCUGAAGCGAUUUAUACAAAACGUCUUUUGGAUUUUCCAAGUUUACCGGAACCUGAAAAUUUUUCUCCAAAUUCUUUUCAUCAAAUGGUUUCAUUUUGCGCGAGACUUCAACACACCUCGGACCCUGAAGGUCAAUGGAGUGUCAAUAAUACCUCGGAUAUAUUUGAAUUCGGAUCGCAAUUAUCGCGUCCUCCUUCAACUUAUGCAGAGAAUAACAAGGACAGUCUGAUCCUUACCCCACCUCCUCAUAAGGUUAAAAAUGAACUCUCGUUGGAAUAUAACAUUCCGGGGGCUUUUAUCGUUGACAAUAUAGAAGUUAUCGACAACUGGGACGGUAAAUAUUAA